AUGGCCGACCAUCAAAGCGAGAUUGAAGCCUUUGGCAGCAACGAUGACUUUUGGCUCUUUGGCUACGGGAGCUUAAUCUGGAAACCACCACCACAUUAUGCCCACCCACGUGUCUGGGGCGCCGCAUACCACAUACCGACUCAACACGUAGCAGCCGUACGGUUGUACUUGGAUUUACGCGAGAUUAACGGGUAUUCGAUUCAGUUUACGCCAUUUUAUCCUGCUGGUGGUGAGAAGGAAGGCGGGGAUGGGAAAGCAAAGAGUAUAAAAUGCCUGGUUUAUAUCGGGUUACCCGAGAAUCCGCAGUUUCUUGGUGCGCAGGAUCCGCAGGGGUUGGCGGAGAAGAUUUUGGAGAGCAAAGGCCCAAGCGGCGAGAACAAAGAAUAUCUAUACAACCUCGAAACCGCACUGUCGGGAUUAAGCGAAGAAAGCAAUGAUUCUCAUAUUAGCGAUUUGGUACGGAGAUGUAAGGCGCUGGAAAAGGAGAAGGGAGGGGUUGAAGGGAGUGGGAAAAGUGAUGGGGAAGGGGAGAAGUUGCAUAAAGUAGGAUCGACGGAGGAGCAGGAGGAGGUUGAGAAGUAG